CAAUAACGAGACUAGGCAGUACCCUGCAAUGGCGCCAGUUAAAAAAAAGAUCCACUACGGGCUUUUACUACUAAUGGCAUCGUUACUUCUCUUGGCGACCUGCUACUCAUUGAAUCAGCGCAGGCAGACAAGUGAGCUAGCAACUGGAAGGCAAACAGCACACGAGGAGCCUACUGCUGCUACCUCGACUUCUACUAUCCCCAGCUCUAAUCGCAGGCAGACAAGUGAGCUAGCAACUGGAAGGAAAGCAUCACACGAGAACCCUACUGCUGCUACUUCGACUGCUACUAUCCCCACCAAACUAAAUGUUUCUACUCAAACCCCAAGCAGUAUUUCCACCGCUCGGAUCUCCCGCAACAUUUCUAAGACCAGCAUUUCUGCUCGAGUCCCCAGCACUACCCCGCCAUCGAUCUUGCUAGCACAACUUCGGAGCAAAUGGUUCAACGAGUCCGCUCUACCUAAAGUUCCAAAGGCACAGUUGCAGUGUUCUGACGCCAUCUGUUCCAAUUUCUCUUCUCCCAACUUGAAAUGCAUGAAUAGAAUUCCAGACAUUGUCAAAAGAAUUGCGGCUCCGACCUGCCGAUUUCAAAAAGGGGAGUCAAAACCAAAAUACUUACUGAGAAGCUUUCCUGGCAGCGGAAACACUUGGGUUCGACAAGUGCUGGAGAGAGCUACAGGAAUAUGCACAGGUUCCGUCUACUGUGAUCAUGACAUGAUGUUAUCGGGGAUGAUUGGAGAAGGCGUGGACUCUAGUUCAGUUUUGGUCGUCAAGACCCAUGACACUAAGACACCUGGUGAUGCUACAAUAUUCAUCGUUCGUAAUCCCAUCGAUGCAAUCGUGUCAUUCUGGAAGUGGCAGCUCAUCUAUAACAAGAUGUACAAAACGAAAGAAAAAGUACACGUCGCCGAUCCACCAGUCGAAUACUUCCGUAGCCAUUCUGGAUGGAACAAUUGGGUUAGAGGAGAGGUUAAUUAUUGGACAAGCCUCAUUAAUGGCACGCUCUCUAAAACCAACAAACCACUUCUGAUUGUGGCCUACGAAGACAUUAAGAGCAACACAACCAAAGAGGUGUUUCGAAUGCUAGAUUUUCUUCAUGUGAAGUACUCUGCGGAUGAAAUUGUCGAAAAAUUCAAAGAUGACCAACUAACAAUGUUUAAGAGACCGAAAGCAAGGGAUUUUGAUCCCUACACACCUCCACAGAGGGACGUAGUGAGAACCCGCCUCAAACAGCUCUCGACAUCACUUCACCACAAGACAAUGGUCGAGAUAAUGAAACGCUAUUUAUUAGAAGUUUGAUAGGCUCUGCUAUGACUUUCAUUAGUCACGUAAAAGGAUUGUCCUGUUUGCGUGUCUGCCCGCAGUAGCUCACACGUCUCUACUAGCAACGUUGUAUCUGCACAGUCUC